AUGCUUUUGAUAUCCAAAAGGCUAAAAUGUUGCGGAGUGACCGGCGCGGAAGAUUUCACUGGAUCCAAAAGCUUUGAUAACCAAUUCGUCACCAACGAGGGCACAAUCGGUAGUCGAAACCUUCCGUGUUUUGCUCACCACUGCCGUAAAAGGAUACAAAAAUCUAGAUUCUCUGGACAAACACAGCCUCCUUCUAAACGUCAUGAUGCCGUAUGUAAGAAACUACUCACAAAGUUGCUGAAAACCAUACGAAAGCUCACGACUAGUCACAUCCUGCUUUGGGAUGAUCAGGCAGACGCAGCCCCAAAGUUUCCACUAACCCCAUGUUUUACUUGGACCCAAAUUGAACUGAUUUCAACAACUACACUCAUUUGA